AGUACCCUUUAAAGGAGAAAUAUAUGUUUCAUAUUAAUAUAACAUAGGUAGAUAUUGGUGAAUAUUUUCAACCAUGUCUGCUAUUUUAGAAAUUACUGGCUUUCUAUUCUGUGUUUGUGGAUGCAUGUUAGUUGGAGCAGUUUUGUCAAAUAGUUACUGGAAAGUCUCCUCUACACAUGGAAGUGUGAUUACAUCCUCCACCAUAUAUGAAAACUUGUGGCACAGUUGUGCAGAAGACAGCACUGGCAUCUCCAAUUGCAGAGAGUUUGAUACACUUCUAGCACUUCCUGCCUAUAUUCAAGCAUGCCGAGCCCUGAUGAUCACUUCCCUUGUCUUGGGUCUGCUUAGUAUUCUGGUGACAGUGUUUGGUUUAGAGUGCACUCAACUUGGAAAUGCUACUAAAAAUACAAAAGCAAAGAUUGCCACAAUAGGAGGAAUGGUGUUCAUUUUAUCAGGUCUUUCAUCGGUAGUGGCUAUUUCUUGGUAUGCAUCGAGAAUCACAGCUCAGUUUUUUGAUUCAUUCUAUGCCGGAACUAAAUAUGAACUAGGAUAUGCCCUGUACAUAGGCUGGGGUGGCUCCCUGCUUUCUAUGCUUGGCGGGAUGCUCCUGACAUGCUCAUGCAAAGGAAGCAAAAAACAGAAACACAGAAACUACAAUUAUGAUUCUGCUACUAUCCAGAGAGCUACUCACUCAUGUAUUUACAACAAACUGUCGGAGACAGUCACGUCUGCCAAAGAUUAUGUUUAGAUUUCUAAUCUUUUUAAAUAUUUUCUGAAUGUUUCAUUUUGGGAACACAGUAUUUUUGUUGGUACUAAAUGUUAU